GUCGGCUGUCAGUUAUCCACUUCCUGCCUUCACGGCACACUGUGUCCUCGUGCCGUAAUGCAGCAACAGAUCUGUAAACUACACGGAACGACCAGCGCGUGAAUAACGACCCGCUCCAACGGUCAUCUAGUAGCUAACACAAUGGCAGCGUCCUCCUCGUCCUCCUCUGCGGGAGGUGUGAGUGGCAGCUCCGUGACCGGCUCCGGGUUCAGCGCCUCCGAGCUCAUCCCCCCUAGGAAAGUCCUCUACACAUACCCGAAAGGUGCCGGGGAAAUGAUGGAAGAUGGCUCUGACAGAUUUUUAUGUGAGUCUGUAUUCAGCUACCAAGUUGCAUCAACACUAAAACAAGUGAAACAUGAUCAACAGGUGUCUCGAAUGGAGAAACUUGCAAGUCUGGUUGAGGAGCUGGAAGCAGAUGAGUGGCGGUACAAACCAAUCGAACAGUUAUUGGGAUUUACGCCAUCAUAAAUGAGGGGUUCUAGUUGCCAAAUAGACUGCAUAACAAGGAGAACAAAGGACGGAGAUGGAUUAAUCCAAUUCAGAGAUUGUUUUAGUAUUUAUACUUUUACUCUAACUCCACAAGUGUAAAAUAAUAUCUGAAUGUGAGAUGUUAUUUUGUCACUGAUUUACUAUUGUAUGAGCAUGGUUUUUUUCUUUUUUCUUUCUUUUUUUUUUUUUUAAAUCAAAUUGUCACCUUUGACCCUAUUCUGACAUACUGAAAUAAAACCAUGUCAACAAAA